UCAGUAGUCGUCAGGGGGGAGGCAAGACUGUGACUCACGCCUGCGUGAAGAGACCAAUGGGCAGCCGGAGCCUCAGAUAUAAAUAACGAAUAAAAAUAUAUUUUGAGUGAGAAAGGGUCACUUGCGCGCCGCCGGAUGGGAUUUUAUCAGUGCGCUCUGUUGAUAUUCCGCCGUCACCGCCACUGGACUGUUUCUUGUCGUGCCUUUGGGUGGCAAUUGUAACAUUUAGUUGUACUUUGUCUGGACUCGACAACCUGUGAGCCGUUUAAUUAUUUUCCCACCUGGAGACCAGAUAACAGCGGACUGAUGGCUACGUCUGAACCGAGAGCCACCGGCGGAGACCAAGACCCCAACUCGGCCAAUUUAAGACCUCCGUCCACAACCAACGAAUAUGCGUGGAUGCACGGAUGCACACGGAAACUGGGGAUGAAGAUUUGCGGGUUCCUGCAGAAGAACAACAGCCUGGAGGAGAAAGGGAGGCUCGCGGGCCAGAAGAACUUGCUCUCCUGCGAUAACAGUGACAGGGACGCGCGCUUCCGCCGUACCGAGACCGACUUCUCCAACCUAUUUGCCAGAGACCUCCUGCCUGCUAAAAAUGGAGAAGAGCCUACCUUACAGUUUUUACUGGAAGUGGUUGACAUCCUCACCAACUAUGUCAAGAAGACUUUUGACCGGUCCACAAAGGUUUUGGACUUCCACCACCCUCAUCAGCUCCUGGAGGGCAUAGAGGGCUUCAACCUGGAGCUGUCUGACCAGCCCGAGUCCCUGGAGCAGAUCCUGGUGGACUGCAGGGACACGCUCAAAUAUGGCGUCCGGACAGGUCACCCACGCUUCUUUAACCAGUUAUCUUCUGGUCUGGACAUUAUUGGUCUCGCUGGAGAGUGGCUCACCUCCACCGCCAACACCAACAUGUUCACCUAUGAGAUUGCCCCGGUGUUUGUGUUGAUGGAGCAGCUGACUCUGAAGAAAAUGAGAGAGAUGAUUGGUUGGCCAAACGGGGAGGGUGAUGGCCUCUUUUCCCCAGGGGGUGCUAUCUCCAACAUGUACAGUGUGAUGAUCGCACGUUACAAAUAUUUCCCAGAGGUGAAGACCAAGGGCAUGUCUGCUGCUCCCCGCCUUGUCCUUUUCACAUCUGAACAUAGCCACUACUCCAUAAAGAAGGCCGGAGCUGCUCUGGGCUUCGGCACUGACAACGUGAUCCUGCUCAGCACAGAUGAGAGAGGGAGAGUCAUUCCCGCAGAUUUGGAAGCCAAAGUCAUCGAUGCCAAACAGAAGGGUUAUGUGCCAUUGUUUGUGAAUGCAACAGCUGGUUCAACUGUGUAUGGAGCAUUUGACCCCAUCAAUGAGAUCGCUGACAUCUGUGAGAAGUACAACUUGUGGCUCCAUGUUGAUGGUGCAUGGGGUGGUGGACUACUGAUGUCAAGGAAGCAUCGCCACAAGCUUAGUGGAAUUGAAAGGGCCAACUCUGUCACAUGGAACCCUCACAAGAUGAUGGGUGUGCCUCUGCAGUGUUCAGCAAUCCUGGUCAGAGAAAAGGGAAUCCUAGCAGGCUGUAACUCCAUGUGCGCUGGCUACCUCUUCCAACCAGACAAACAAUACGAUGUUACAUACGACACGGGGGACAAGGCAAUCCAGUGUGGCCGGCACGUCGACAUCUUUAAGUUCUGGCUCAUGUGGAAAGCCAAGGGCACCGUUGGGUUCGAGCAGCACAUUGACAAGUGUUUGGACCUGUCUCAGUAUCUGUACAACAAGAUCAAGAACAGGGAGGGAUAUAAGAUGGUGUUUGACGGCGUGCCCCAGCACACCAAUGUUUGCUUCUGGUAUAUUCCACCCAGUCUGAGAGGCAUGCCAGAUGGAGAGGAGAGGCGAGAAAAGCUCCACAGGGUGGCACCAAAGAUCAAGGCCAUGAUGAUGGAGUCAGGGACCACCAUGGUGGGCUACCAGCCUCAGGGCAAUAAAGUAAACUUCUUCAGAAUGGUCGUCUCCAAUCCUGCAGCCACCCAGUCUGACAUCGACUUCCUCAUCGAUGAGCUAGAGAGGCUCGGUCACGACCUGUAGACCUCUCAGUCGUCACUGCUCCGGUGACUGCGGGGCCACCCUGGAGCCUUUUAUCUGUUUUAUUGCAAAAGCAAACGCCAGGGUGAAACAUUCACAGCGCUGCAGACCGAGAAAUAAUAGGACAUGUUUUAGGUUCUUUCUGUCUUUGCCGGCAGCACUCUAAAUGUUUCCAGCACUGAAAAGAAACAAGCAAUGAGAGAGUAUCUGAGUUUCUUUCUAGCUCUGACCCACAUAGAUACUUCUAUAGAUAAAAUAUAUAAUCACUAUCUAAAGUCUCCUUUUAAAACAAAUGUGCUCUAAUGUAUGUGUGUGCUAGUGAACCUUGUAAAGUGUGUGUGAGUGUGUGUGUGUGUGUGUGUGUGUGUGUGUGUGUGUGUGUGUGUGUGUGUGUGUGUGUGUGUGUGUGUGAUCUGUUUGUCUUUUAAUGUUUUGUGUGUAUGCCUGAGGAAAUAUGUGUGUGUGAAUGUGGUAAAACUACGAAAAGGGAAAAAAGCACAGAUCAAAGUAUCACAAGUUAUUCUGCUGUAUCAUACAUUUGCUACACUAAAUGGUGGUGCUUUCAGCUGUACAUAUGUCUAAUCUCAGCGCACCAACCCCUUUGUCCUAAAUCGGUGUCCAAGGCUCUGUGGCAGCGCGCGUGCGGGUGAGUAUUUUAGGGUUGCACCGUGUUAAAAAUAAGCAAACAUGCUCAGCAUAGAUACGAGGUGCGUUAAGCUGAAACAUCAUCUGACAGAGCUACAACCUGCAAUAUUUUCCCCUGGUAGAAGAUUAAGAUUUAAAAGAUAUCGUAGGUCUGUGACAACUUUGAACUUGUUAAACGCUGGCUCGUUGUCCGUUUCCUGCAAUCGUGUGAUACCUAUGUGUGUUUAUAACAUUGUUAAUAUAGUCAUAUUUGACGAGAUAAGAAUAAGACAAAAUAUUUAUUGCAUUUCCACAGUUUGCAGAUUCAGGUAUUUUAUUGUGUGUAUCUUUAUGUGUAUUACAUUGUAAUACAUGGAACUGAGUAAAGUUUAUUUAAAGUGAUAUCGACAGCCAAAGAGAGAAUGGGGAACACAGCAAUCCAUUGUCCUUUAUGUGUGACUUCUCAUAGAAUAUAGGUGUUUGUAAAAUGUUACCUGUCGACCUUUUACUGCGAUGCAAUCUCUCUCUGUAAGUGUGUUUCUUUUUGUGAUUGUGAGUCUUUUUGACUGAAUGUUUUGAAAUGACUGAUUGGCCUUCUGAUGAGAUUAAGAAUGCAACCUCUGUAAUCCUCCGGCCGCAGCACCGGGCUUUUGUUUCAGCGAGAAGCACAAGGAUGUGAGAAUGUACUCUCUUGUUGAGAUUGGGAAGAACGUGUUGUAUAUGUCUGAAUCCUAUUGCAUUACUGUAAUAUAGUAUAUUAAUUGUUAUACAUAUUUCUUGUAUUCUCGGUGUGACCGGAGCUCAUUGGAAUAUCUUGUACAAAGGUUCCUGUUUGUGUCUUUGCACAAUUUUCACCUUUUUUUCCUCCAUUGUAAAUGGAUGUGUUUUAGUUUGAGUUAUGGUAACAAAGUAUAUAUUAGGGACCAUAUGGGAAUGGCGCAAUUGCAUAAAUCAUAUUUAAAGUAAUCUGUGUACUAUAUGUGGCCGGUAACUCUUGUAUGUGAAGCCAACUAAGGGAACAUUUCCCUGGCAAAUUUUCAGUAGGCACUUUAACAGAAUCAUAACAUCUUUAACAAGAUAUUUAAUAAAGUCUAUAUAAAGGAACACAAAA